CUUCUCCUCCAGCUUAUUGUUGGUGGGCGUGCAUCGGGGGCGGAUCCUCAAGUUUCCGGCGCUUCAGUCUCCACAUCCGGGCUUUCAGAGAGGGCUUUUGUUGUUGCUUUUGCCGGCCUUGCUUCUGCUGAUUGCUGUAGCUGCUGCCAUUGUGGGCUAGACCUGUUUCUGCUGCUGUUGUUGUGUCGUAGAGGGAGGAGCGCUGAUGAGGCGUCAGAUGCAGCAGCAAAUGGAGCCGUGAAAGCAGAAAUACCGCAGGCGCUAAAGCCCCCGGUUGGAAAGGAAGAAUGCGCCGCAGUCCCGCGUCUUCAACAGGAAUACGCCAGUUUGCCACGAGUGAUGAUCCUGCUUGCGGUUCCUUUGCUGCGGCAGUUUCUGCUUUUGGGGCAAACAUACACAGCAUGCUGUUCAAGGCGCUAUUCCGGCCACCGGAUUUACGACGCCCCGCUUCUGCGUAGGCAUACGCUGCCGGAUCCUCCAGUUAAUGGCGCUUCAAACCCUAAUGCAGGGCUUCCGGAUUGGUGGACGUGGGCGGCAUGUUGUUCUUCACCCUGUCGUGCUUCUGCUCGGUGCCGUUUCUGGCCUUGCCGGGAUUAUUGCUGUCGCAUUAGGACGAAACGCCGGGAAAAUUUGUCGGUCCAGGACAAUUUGCCUGACCCCGAUCGAGGAGUCGGGUCGUCGGAGAAUGCCGAAAGGCUUCUGCUACAAAGUCUCUUCCUGCUGUUGCUGACGCUGUAUGCUGUUCCCGCUGCUCGCUAGUGAGUGCAUCG